UGGGGAUCUCCUCCUAGACAACAAGCCCACAUUGAAAGCGGGGCGCAGGGAUUACCUCACGCUGCGUACGGAGAAUAAAACGGAGGCGGCGGCUUCGGCUCGGCGCUUUUCUGCAGCGGACGCCAGCGGAGCGUCAUGCCGAGCCGCGACGCGCGGAGCGCAGGAACUCAGCUGAUCGAUCAAAUCCGCUUCCACUGAUGUUUUCCUGCUCACGGGGAGUUUCAUGAUGGAAAAGUGUUUUUGAGGGAUUCUGGACACGCAGUUUUGGAGACCGCCGGCGCGUAAAGUUGCCUUCUCUCCGCUCCGUGUGCGCGCUGAUCCCGCGGCUCGCCAUGGAUCAGCCUCAGCAGUGCGCUGCCGUGUGUCUGCUGAUGCUGUCUCUUGGACUCCUGACGGACAGAGCGAUCUGUCAGCACUUCUUCCUUCUCCGCCCCAUCCCCAGUGACAGUCUGCCGGUGGUGGACUUAAAGGAGGACCCGGAUCCGGCCUUUGACCCCAAGGAGCGGGACCUUAACGAGACCGAGCUCCGGAGCAUCCUGGGAGACUUUGACGGGCGCCUGCUGUCCGUGUCGCUCCCCGUGGAGGACAAACACUCCGGCUCCGACGAGUCGGAUCACUUCGACAUCCUGAAGGCGGGCGGAGUUCUGCCGAAGGAGAUCCGGGCGGUGGACUUCGACAUGCAGAUCGGCAAGAAGCACAAGCCGAGCAAGAAGCUGAAGCGGCGGCUGCAGCAGUGGCUGUGGGCCUACACCUUCUGCCCGGUGGUCCACACCUGGACCGACCUCGGCUGCAGGUUCUGGCCUCGGUACGUCAGGGUCGGUGGCUGCGUCAGCAAAAGGUCGUGUUCCGUUCCGGAGGGGAUGGUCUGUAGACCCGCGAACUCGACCCACCUGACGGUGCUGCGGUGGCGCUGCGUGCAGCGGAAGAGCGGGCUGAAAUGCGCCUGGAUCCCGGUGCAGUACCCGGUCAUCACGGACUGCAAGUGCUCCUGCUCCAGCUAGGACUGCUGGGAACUCUAACUUAUAAGCUCGGCCAUUUUAUCCUCUUUAUCCCCCCACCUGCACUACAGAGUGUAAGAAUGUAUUUCUGUAUAUGUGUGACCAACUUCCUGUACAAAGUCAGUAUUAUUUGUAACCAGAGUCUACUUUAUUUGUGCAGAAUAUUGCUUUUAUAUAUUUUGUAUUUAUGGAGAAGUGGCGCACAGAGGCACACACGGACUUUGUGUUGCACGAAGCGGAUCAACCUCAGAGUUGAACUAUUGAUUAUUGAUACAAUCAUGUUUUAUCCUGUAAAUUUGGGAAAUGUACUAUUUAUUCUUUAUAUUCGUACAAUAAAACGACACACACAUGAUAAUAAAAUGACUUUUCCUU